CGCUGCUCUCUCUGUCUCUCCAUGAUGCCACAUUUCCCCGCCUGAGCCCGCAGCAGCUCCUUCAUCAAACACGGCUCAGUCAAUGUAAACACAAAACGUGGUGUCUUUUCUACAUAUAUGCAUCAAAACCUAUCGGCGCCAGCUUCUCGGAUCCUUCUAAGCUUUUAUAAAAAUCGGUCCAAAGCACAGAGACCGGCGUUUGGCUGAGAGGCAGAACCUGUUUCUCUUAAUCUGUUCCCUGUUGCUUGGUCACUAUGGCAACUGAAGAGAAGAAGCCAGAAACUGAAGCGACUAAAACACAGGCGUCCUCUGCUGCGUCCGCCAGCCAGAGCAAGUCAGCACCUGUGAAGCCCAACUACACCUUGAAGUUCACAUUAGCUGGCCAUACGAAAGCAGUUUCAUCUGUCAAGUUCAGCCCAAGUGGAGAAUGGCUUGCCAGCUCGUCUGCUGACAAGCUUAUCAAAAUAUGGGGAGCAUAUGAUGGAAAGUUUGAGAAGACAAUAUCUGGGCACAAACUUGGUAUUUCGGAUGUGGCCUGGUCCUCUGACUCCAACCUCCUUGUCUCUGCAUCCGACGACAAAACCCUGAAGAUAUGGGAUGUGAGCUCUGGAAAAUGUCUGAAAACCUUAAAGGGCCACAGCAACUAUGUGUUCUGCUGUAACUUCAACCCCCAGUCCAAUCUCAUAGUAUCUGGAUCAUUUGAUGAGAGUGUUCGAAUAUGGGAUGUUAAGACAGGGAAGUGUCUGAAGACUUUGCCAGCCCAUUCUGACCCUGUCUCCGCAGUCCAUUUUAACAGAGAUGGGUCUUUGAUUGUUUCAAGCAGCUACGAUGGACUUUGCCGUAUUUGGGACACAGCAUCAGGCCAGUGCCUUAAAACUCUCAUUGAUGAUGACAACCCUCCUGUGUCCUUUGUGAAGUUUUCCCCCAACGGCAAAUACAUUCUGGCUGCCACACUGGAUAAUACCCUGAAGCUUUGGGAUUACAGCAAAGGAAAGUGCUUGAAAACGUACACCGGUCAUAAAAAUGAGAAGUACUGCAUAUUUGCCAAUUUCUCAGUCACAGGUGGAAAGUGGAUUGUCUCUGGCUCAGAAGACAACAUGGUUUACAUCUGGAACUUGCAGACCAAGGAGAUUGUACAGAAACUACAGGGUCACACAGAUGUGGUGAUCUCAACUGCCUGCCAUCCCACAGAAAACAUCAUUGCAUCAGCAGCACUAGAAAACGACAAGACCAUCAAACUGUGGAAAAGUGACUGCUAAGCUAGAAUAUAUGCUUGAGCAGGCUUAUUUUAUUAUUGUAUUUUUUGUUGUUUCUUUUUUUUUUAAUUUUGUACUUUUCAUUUUUGGGGGAAGAAGGACUUUUAUCAUCAAAAAGAUGACGCCGGGCUGUAUGAGCUGGUGAAAGCUUGAUGUUGGUCAGCAAGAAGGAUGGAUGAUGGUAUAAGCACAUGUCCAGAGCACCCAACACACCAUUCCUGUUAACUGUCUCUGUGCACUAAAGCAGUUUCCACUCUCUUUGUUUCUUGCUGCCUUACCCCAGCAUGAGCUGGAUGACUCCUUUUUCACCAAUUAAACCCUCAAAGCUCCCACUUGUAUGUACUCUGGCAAACCUUUUAAACUUUGGUUGCUUAGAUCUAGGCAGCUUUGCCUGGACAACCCACUGCUCUGUUAGCCUAGGACAGCCUUUUCACUCGUUUUGUAGAAUGACACUAGUCUUGUGUUGAUUUUGUACAUUAACUUCAGCCAGAAGUGAGCCUUGGGUGCGUAUUUAGUGGUCAUCUGUCUGCCUCCUUUUUUUUGUUUGUUUGUUGUGCGGCUGAACAAAACCUAUUUUUAGGAGGGACAUUAUUACAUCCACUACACAAUUGGAUCUCAUCUGGUCUAAGGUGAAAUAUAACGCGGUAACCGGCUUUACUGCUACCUGUCUCUCCUUAAAUGUUAGACACCAGUGGUGAGAGAAGGUGUUCAGAGUUUUGCAUUCAGUCAGUUAAAUCAUUCUUUAUGACCGUAUCCAAUGUAUGAAAGGUGCCAAUAAUGAAUGGCUGAGACAGUGCUGUGUGUAUUUCUGUACAGCAUCCACAAACAUAUACACAACUGACAGUUUGUUCCACCGUAGUUGCAGCUGGACGUUUUUAUGGUUACUGUCUUGUAUGGUUUGUCAUGAGUUUUGAUAUCUAGUGAAAAAAAGUUGUUUUGUCUUUGCUUCGGAGGAUUUUGUACUUGUAUAGUUAAUAUUGCACAAGCCAAAAUUAGAAAGGACUAAGAUUUACAGCAUUGAGCAGUUUAUCUCCAGCACACUGGCUUUAUUUUGAAAUAACAUUAGUUUCUGGAGCUACAUUUGUUCUUUUAAAAAGGUCAGAAACUAAUUGUGGCUGAGUCAUAAUGUCCUGAAAUUCUUGUUUUUGUGCUUUCAAACAAAAUAUAGUGAGCUUUGGAGAUUGACCAGCAUUCAGUAGCAGAUAAAACCAUAUGCUAAAUCUGUGACAGGUACCAAACACUGCAUUUUUAAGAAUUUAGACAUGCAGCUUGCAAAUACAAAUGAUUAUUUUGCUAGUUUUGUUAUUAAAACUGAAGCCCGCAAGCAACUACAAUUAGUCAAAUUGUUGAGGAAUGUUACGAAGUAAUUAAAGGGGAAUUCUGCCAAGUUUUCAACAUUUCUGCAUAAUUUAAACUUUGAGAUUUAUCAUUUAGAGUGAUUUGAUGUGAAAUGGUUCAUUGUAGAUAAGCUAACUAAUUUCCCUACAGUAGAUGUGAUAGUAACCAGGGGACCCAGUGCUUACACAAAUAUAGCCAUCUUAUUUACUCUCCAGGAUGACCAGUUAACUUGCACUUGAAUUGUGUAUCGCUGUUGUUGUAAUAAAACCUUGUAUCUCCAGAACGGUAACUUUACAGGAGAAGGGAAGACAUACUUCACUUUCAUUGCAAGUCAGUGGAUCUAGACUUCUUCAAAGUCAUUUUGGGCCAUUUCUUUUGGUCCAUUCAUCAUGAAGUUUUGACACAACGUAUAGGGCAGCAGGAAUUCUCACAUUGUCAAAAACUUAAAAUUGACAGAAAUGGAGAUAUGAGGUUUUUGUCCAGACAGUAGCGAUAUGUAAUAUUGAUGGUGAAAUGGUGGUAAAUUUGAAAAAUGUUUACUUUGGGUACUAUUUUGCCUCACAACAGCCUGGAUGUGCCUCUCUGUUAUCAAUGCAUUAAAAUAUGUUUUUGGUUAAAACUUAAUUUUGGGAAAAUUGGAAACUAAAACCUUUUUGUGUGAGGGAGCUUUUAGAGGCAUUAAAUGCGUCGGAUGUUUUGAACAGCUGUGACACGUUUGUGUAGAACAAAGCAUUUCACGUCAAACCAGUGUACAUGGCAGGGGUUGAAUUUUGAUAAAUUGGUGGGAUUCCUCUUUAACAUGCACACAUUCAGCUUAACCUGACUCACAAACAUAAUUCAAGCGAAUGAUCUUUGAACAGUACGCUCCCUCUGAAGGCAGGAAGGCACCGUCCCUCUGGUUGAUAAUAAAAGGAUUUAUAUGCAAAGUUUGCCACUCAGUAUAAAGUCCACAGUAAGGCUUAUGUAGCUAUAUUUACUAUGGUUCUAUGUGACAACACAGGCUGGGGUCUAUGAAACCUACAUUAUCUGUAAAUACUUGCAGCUUCUCUGUUUAACGGUCUCUCUCUCUCUGUCCGGAGGUCUUAACUGUGUCUUCAGUAGCUGGUACAGUGCUCGUGUAUGAGUAUUUUAUUUCCCUGCUUAAUGAAGUCCAGGGUUUGUAUUAAUCCAGCCCCCCGCACUUACUUUCUCUGUUUCUCUCCAUCCCACUUUGUAUUUUCUUUAGUUUCAGUGCACUGCGGUGAUAAAAAAGGGCUGCAUGGAAAAACUGCAUAUGUAUUGCAUUUAGUCACUCUGGACUUAACCUGUGACUCAAUAAAAGUUUUUUUUUCUUUUUAAAGUGACCUGUACCAACGUAGGUCCAUUUUGUAAACUUUAUCAUGAAGGUUGUAUCGGCCGCAGGGGGCUCUGGAUUACUGUUUUGUUACCAAAUCUAAAAAUGGAAAUGUACGUAAUAAAUAUAAAGAAGUGGG